AUGAAGUAUUUUCAUUCUUCCACAUAUUUUAUUCUUAUUUGUUUUCUAUCAUCUCUUCAUCUUUCUCUUGCUUUUUAUUCCAACAUUUUGCGGAUUUCUUCUUCUUCUUCAGCUUUUUCUAUCAUCUCUUCAUCUUUCUCUUGCUUUUUUAUUCCAACAUUUUUUAUUUUCUUCUUCUUCAGCAAGUCACUCUUUUUGUUUAGAGAUUAUGACAUGAAGUAUUUUCAUUCUUCCACAUAUUUUAUUCUUAUUUGUUUUCUAUCAUCUUUUCAUCUUUCUCUUGCUUUUUUUAUUCCAACAUUUUUUGAUUUCUUUCUUCUUCUUCAGCUGUUAAAUUCCUAUUUUCUAUCAUCAUCUCUUCAUCUUUCUCUUGCUUUUUAUUCCAACAUUUUAGCGGAUUUCUUCUUCUUCAGCUUUGUUAAAUUCCUAGUCAUACUCUUUAAGUUGUUUAGAGAUUAUGACAUGAAGUAUUUUCAUUCUUCCACAUAUUUUAUUCUUAUUUGUUUUCUAUCAUCUCUUCAUCUUUCUCUUGCUUUUUAUUCCAACAUUUUAGCGGAUUUUUCUUCUUCUUCAGCUGUUAAAUUCCUAGUCAAACUCUUUAAGUUGUUUAGAGAUUAUGACAUGAAGUAUUUUCAUUCUUCCACAUAUUUUAUUCUUAUUUGUUUUCUAUCAUCUCUUCAUCUUUCUCUUGCUUUUUUAUUCCAACAUUUUGCGGAUUUUUCUUCUUCUUCAGCUCGGAUUUCUUCUUCUUCAGCUGUUAAAUUCCUAGUCAUACUCUUUAAGUUGUUUGUUUAUGAGUAUUUUCAUUCUUCCAUAUUUUCAUUCUUAUUUGUAUUUUAUUCUUAUUUCUUUCUCUUCAUCUCUUUUUUUUCUCUUGCUUUUUUUCCAACAUUUUUUGGAUUUCUUCUUCUUCAGCUUUUUCUAUCAUCUCUUCAUCUUUCUCUUGCUUUUUUAUUCCAACAUUUUAGUGGAUUUUCUUCUUCUUCAGCUGUUAAAUUCCUAGUCAUACUCUUUAAGUUGUUUAGAGAUUAUGACAUGAAGUAUUUUCAUUCUUCCACAUAUUUUAUUCUUAUUAGUUUUCUAUCAUCUCUUCAUCUUUCUCUUGCUUUUUAUUCCAACAUUUUGUUUUUUUCUUCUUCUUCAGCUUUUUCUAUCAUCUCUUCAUGUUUUCUCUUGCUUUUUAUUCCAAUAUUUUUGAUUUCUUCUUCUUCUUCAGCUGUUAAAUUCCUAGUCAAACUCUUUAAUUUUCUAUCAUCUCUUCAUCUUUCUCUUGCUUUUUAUUCCAACAUUUUAGCGGAUUUCUUCUUCUUCUUCAGCUUUUUCUAUCAUCUCUUCAUCUUUCUCUUGCUUUUUUAUUCCAACAUUUUAGCGGUUUCUUCUUCUUCUUCAGCUGUUAAAUUCCUAGUCAAACUCUUUAAGUUGUUUAGAGAUUAUGACAUGAAGUAUUUUCAUUCUUCCACAUAUUUUAUUCUUAUUAGUUUUCUAUCAUCUCUUCAUCUUUCUCUUGCUUUUUAUUCCAACAUUUUGCGGAUUUCUUCUUCUUCAGCUUUUUUCAUCUAUCAUCUUUUCUUCAUCAUUUUCUCUUUGCUUUUUUAUUCCAACAUUUUAGACGGAUUUCUUCAUUUUUCUUCUUCAGUUUUCUAUCAUGUUAAAUUCCUUUUUUCCAACUUAUUUUUAGCGGAUUUCUUCUUCUUUUUUCAUAGUUUCUCUUCAUCUUUCUCUUGCUUUUUAUUCCAACAUUUUAGCGGAUUUCUUCUUCUUCAGCUUUUUCUAUCAUCUCAUCAUCUUUCUCUUGCUUUUUAUUCCAACAUUUUUAGGGAUUUUCUUUCUUCUUCUUUGUUCCAACACUCUUUUUAUGACAUGAAGUAUUUUCAUUCUUCCACAUAUUUUAUUCUUAUUUUUUCUAUCAUCUCUUCUUCAUCUUUCUUUGCUUUUUUAUUCCAACAUUUUAUAUUUUUUCUUCUUCUUCAGUUAGUAUCUAUCUAUCUAUCUAUCUAUCUAUCUAUCUAUGUAAUUUUAUUCAACUCUAAUUUUAUUCAUAUCUAUCUAUCUAUCUAUCUAUCUAAUUUUAUCCAUAUCUAUCUAAUUUUAUUCAUAUCUAAAUUUAUUCAUAUCUAUCAAUCUAUCUAUCUAUCCAUCUAA